AUGAAAAAGUACUUGGCUAUUGGAAUUCUGAUCAACUUGAUAUGUACCUUAAACUGGCUUGGAUUGAUAUUUUUUGCAUUAUGGCCUAAUGAUAAACUUAAAUAUGCAGCAGAAUUCGUCUAUUAUGGAGACCUGAAUCUUACCGAUAGAGUCUACCUCGGUUUCACCAGCAUGGGAGGAGCUGAUCCAGUCAAAUUGGCCAUAAUGAUCGAAUCACUGGCACUGAUGCUAAGUUUGGCACAAUUGAGCCCGUUCUGUGCAUACAGAAUCCACAAAUGCCUCAAAAGCAGCUCACUGAGCGAUCGAACAAAGGAGAUAUAUAGAGAACUGCUCAUAGUUCUAUCAAUCCAGAUAGCUUGUCCAACAAUACUGAUGCAUUUGCCACUGGGCAUGAUGUUUAUUAUGCUUUUCACUGGACUUCCUAGCCCGGAUUUAGUAAACAAUUUCGUUGGCAUUGCUAUGGCACUCAAUCCGCUAUCUGGGCCACUCGUUAGCGUAUUAUGUGUCAAGGACUAUCGAAAUAUCCUUCUAACAACUUUGAAAAUUCAAAAACAGCGAUCUUCUGCUAUACCAAUUGCUUCUGCUACAUUUCCAAGAUAA